UGAGCGUUCCUCCACUACUACUACUCCAACUUUCUCUACGUGACGUUGAGCACCGCGGCUGAAACAUGGCAGAGACGGCUCCAGCUCCCGCGGCCGCAGCGCCGGCCAAGGCGCCCAAGAAGAAGUCCGCCGCCAAGCCCAAGAAAGCCGGACCGAGCGUGUCGGACCUGAUCGUGAAGGCAGUGGCGGCCUCCAGCGAGCGGAAAGGAGUCUCCCUGGCCGCGCUGAAGAAGGCUCUGGCCGGCGGCGGCUACGACGUGGAGAAGAACAACGCCCGCGUCAAGCUCGCUCUCAAGUCGCUGGUGAAGAAGGGCGCCCUGGUGCAGACCAAAGGCACCGGCGCCUCAGGUUCCUUCAAGGUGAGCAAGAAACCCGCCGCCAAAAAGCCCGCCAAGAAACCCGUGGCUAAGCCCAAGAAGCCCGUCGCCAAGAAAGCUCCAGCCAAAGCGGCCAAGCCCAAGAAAGCCGCUGCGGCCAAGGCAGCCAAGCCCAAGAAGGCACCGAAGAAGGUGAAGAAGCCCGCGGCCAAGAAGCCUGCCGCCAAGAGCCCGAAGAAGGUGAAGAAGCCCGCGGCUAAGAAAGUGGCCAAAAGUCCCAAGAAGGUCAAGGCGGUGAAGCCUAAAGCGGCCAAGCCCAAAGUAACCAAGGCGAAGAAGGCUGCGAAGAAGAAGUAGAAAACUACUUUUUUUUUUUCAACGAAACGACAUGUUUUCACAAAAAGUGCGGAGGACGAUACCAUGCUGAAUGAAAGGGGUGUGUAUGGACUAACUCUACAGAGGAGGGGGCGAUAGGUGGACUCUCCCCGCCCCCGGCUUACAUAGACUUUGGUUGCGUCCGGACUAUCACCAGCGAGAUUUCUGUGAAGCUAAAGUUAGCUCCCUAUUCCAACUCUGCGGUCCACCUUAACUGGUGCCAACAGUUCCAUUCAUUCAUUCAUUCAGAAGGGAAUGUAACUGCAGCACCAGUUAAGGUGGAACGGAGAAUUGGAACCGGCCUCGUUUUUCUGAGAUUUCUAGGCAGCAUAAGUGGCGAUUUGAAACAUUUUUUUUUAUUUGUGAACCUUUAUUUUUUGAGAUUCUGAGAACACAACACACUGUCUCUACCUCUGUAAACGACACACAAAUCCGAUUAGGCUUUGUGGUAACAUUUUCAAAUCCCUUCGAGCCGGUUAGAGGUUAGACUGUAGACACAGAGAAGUGGGAGAGAGUCCUACACUAAACUCUUUAUUUUGUACAGCGUAAUGUGCUUUUAAAUCUACCUGUAGAGUUACUGUGUGAGGGAAGGCAUGUGUGAGAAAGGACGUCCUACUUAGCUUAUGUUUGUCGUUUUUUUUUCUUUUUGUAAAUACUGAUAACGAUUGUGACUUCUUGUAAAUACUAAACAGAACAUGUUAUUUAUUUAUUUGUCCAAUGAUACGGAUGUUCCUUAGUUUAGAGAUGGUAAUGAUACCGUUGGUUUUUCUUUGUGUUUGUUUUUUUUUUCAUUCAAAUGUU